AUGUACGACCCGGACUACGACCCUAAGACGGUGAACGGGAUGGUGCCGCAGCCGCCUCCAGCCAGGAUGGACUUCGCCACGUUCGACUCGCCGCUGGACUUUAACGCGAGCGGCAUGUCGUUCGAUGACCAGGACGGGCGGUUCGUGGCAGGCGAGCAGUUCUACAACCACGAGAUGUACGGUAGUCUGCGCAAAGGAGGCGCCGUGGACUUCCUGUCCAUGGAGUGUCUCGGUCUCGUGGCCGCCACCUUCACGUCCAUGCUGUCGUAUCAGGCGCUGGUGGUGCUGGUGCAGCCCAUGUACAACACCCAGUUGGGACUCUCGUCUUCCGAGAUCGUCGCAGUGGAGCGACUCAUCCAGAUGCCCAUGGCGCUGAGUUUCGUCGUGGGUCUACUAUCCGAUUGCUACCCGAUCAUGGGUCUGCGUCGCAAAGGCUACAUGAUCCUCGGGUGCAUUAUCAACGCCGUCGCAGUGUUCGCGAUCGCCGGUGUGAGUGCCUAUUUGGGCAGUGACUCGACCGCAAGUAAUGGGAUCGUAGUGCUGGCCUUAGUGCUUGUAGCACUGGCCAGUAUCGGCUGCAUCAUCACCUACGUUUGUGUACACACGCGUGUGAUCGAGUACUCACAGCGCGAGUCUCUGCGUGACCGAGGCGCCAUUCAAGUGUCGUACUUAAUCUUCCGUCGCUUCGUGUCGAUCUUUACGUCGGUGCUGUCGUUCCUGGCCCUGGGAACAGGAUCCGAACCCAACAUCUCAGUGUCUGCAGCUAUGAUUGUAUUGGGAGUGAUCUCUAUCCUGCCCCUACCGCUGGUGUUUCGCUAUUGGAACGAAGAGGUAUACUCGCUCAACACGUCCAUGAAGAUCCGCAGUCAGAUCCUGUGGAAGAUCAUGCAGCAGAAGGCGGUGUGGCGCAUUCUCGCGUUCAUCUGGUUCUUCACACUGUUCUUAGGCAUCAAGUUCGGAGACUCGAACAGUGUAAUUAGACAGUGGGCAGGUGCCAGUGGCGACAACUCGCUGCUGGUCAAGACCAUCCAGGACUUUGUCAUGAUCGGCAUCAUGUUGCUGUGGCGGUAUCUGUUCCUCAACCGUCUCUGGCCGAUCUUCUUUGCGUUGGCGCCGGCUUUCCAGAUCCUGCCCAACCUUUUCGUGUCGCUCAUGGUGGCGCUCGAUGUGGCUCGCGACCGCUACUUCUACCGCGUCUUCUACUCGCUAACAUACGUGGCCGAUGGUAUUGGCCUCUUGAACACCAUCGUCCCCGUGACGGAGAUUGUGCAAGAAGGAUCCGAAGGUGCGCUCGUGGGUCUCACACUGACCCUGCAGCGUUGUGUCAAUAUCUUCGUCGACACCAACGCGUACGGUGCGUUCCAGGGCUCCAACUACUUCAGCGCGAGCGAAGUGGCCGUAGACACGUCCGAUGCACGCUGGGAUGUGCUGUUAUCGCUGUUCCUCAACUUCGCACUCAACGCCUUGGCGUGGGUAGGACUCUUAUUCCUGCCCUCGCAAAAGCUCGAUGCCCAGCAGCUGCGCAUGUAUGGAGGGUUCACCAAGGCUGCGAGUGGCGGGAUCCUCGCCGUCUGUCUCGUGCUCUUCAUCUACUCGCUCGUGGUCACCUUGAUGUCGCUCAUCCCAUCCACCUCAUGCCUCACCCUCGUUGGUGGCGAUGGCUGCUAAGCAGUAUUUAUGAAAAGAUAGCGAUAAUUGAAGAGAUAA